AUGGUCAACAUCGGCCACAUAUUCGUGUGGGCCUUGCUCUUGGCCAUUACUUCGGGCACUGAUCUGAGCGGCGAUGACAAUCUCAACAACGUUUUGAGCGAAUUUGACUCUUCGUCCAGACUAAUCCGCGACACCUCUCUGUCGGCGAAAAACAUUGAGAAGAUCGAUGUGAAAUGCGACCAAGGCAAUGGCAUGUUGGUCGAGAUUGAGUUCUCGGAGGACUUCGAAGGAGUCAUCUACAGUCAGGGAUACUUUAACGAUCCACAGUGCAACUAUGUGAAGGGCGAGAAAACUGGUCGCAGCUUUGUAUUCUCUGUGCCAUAUAACGCUUGCGGCAGCAAGCCCGCCUGCUCCGUUUGCGCCUCCGUCGAGAAUAUCCUGAUCAUCCAGAAUGACAGGGACAUUCAGAACAACUUCGAUAUUGCUCGGAAAAUAUCGUGCAGUCGAGGCGAUGAGCGGGAGAAGACCGUGUACUUUAAGCCAUUUGUGGUAGACAUGCUGGAGGUCAUUUCCGUGGACACUCCCAGUGGUCCCGUUAAGUGCUGGAUGGAAAUCGGUACUGGCGCUCCGCCCAAUAUCAAGCCAAUUUCGGGAAGCCUUAGCCUCGGAGACGACAUUACGUUCACCAUCAACGUGGAGCACUCGGAACAGCCUUGGGAUGUCAAUAUACUGCAGUGUUACGCCUCGGACGACAUGGACUUCGAGGGCCGAACCACAAAGAGGCUCCAGCUCUCGGACAAUCGAGGGUGUUCGAUUAAGAAGAAGAUAUUUGGGGAGUGGAGAAGAUAUAAGGGGCCAUCGAGUCUCACCUCCACCUACUACAACACCCUGAAGGCGUUCCGGUUCCCCGACCGAUCCCAAGUCUAUCUAAAGUGCGACAUUGAGCUUUGCAAUGGUGCUUGCCAGAGGGAUAACUCCUAUCCCUCCUGUGGUGAUUCCAGGACCAUCUCGUGCCCCGAGGAUUCCACAGACCCGCUGUGUCUACAGAAUCACCUCAAAAAUACAACGCCAAAGCCUCGCUGCUUCCCGGGCGCGACUGAUAGCCGGUGCCCCAGAGUCACGACUCAACCUCCAGUAUCGGCAAGAACUGUUCCUACUCUUAGGCCCACUUAUACGCCUUUAAUUCCAAGAAAACCAGAAACCACUUCCAAGACCAAUUGCAUCCAGGGCUCGACUGAUAUAGAUUGCCUUAACUGCUUUCCCGGCUCGCCAGAUCCGAGAUGUCCAAAAAUUCCCACAACGAAAAGGGCCGGGUGCUCCGAGGGCUCCGACGACAUAAAAUGCCAGCCGGCCACUUAUCUCCCACCGUCAACAAGGAGAGGCUCGACUGAUAUAGAUUGCCUUAACUGCUUUCCCGGCUCGCCAGAUCCGAGAUGUCCAAAAAUUCCCACAACGAAAAGGGCCGGGUGCUCCGAGGGCUCCGACGACAUAAAAUGCCAGCCGGCCACUUAUCUCCCACCGUCAACAAGGAGAGUAUCAAUUCCAACGAAGCGCCUUAACUGCUUUCCCGGCUCGCCAGAUCCGAGAUGUCCAAAAAUUCCCACAACGAAAAGGGCCGGGUGCUCCGAGGGCUCCGACGACAUAAAAUGCCAGCCGGCCACUUAUCUCCCACCGUCAACAAGGAGAGUAUCAAUUCCAACGAAGCCAGCCACACCAAUUACUUACGCUCCUCCAACCCCGAGGACUCAAAUAACCACUGCCAGGCCCGAUUGCUUCCCGGGCGCGACUGACAGCCGGUGCCCCAGAGUCACGACUCAAUCUCCAGUAUCUGCAAGGACCACGAUUUCUUCUUUUAGGCCAUCUUUUACUCCUCCAACACCAAGAAUUUCUAUAACCACUUCCAAGGCUCAAUCCUCUACAUAUCUCCCUCCAGUAUCGGCAAGAACUGUUCCUACUCUUAGGCCCACUUAUACGCCUUUAAUUCCAAGAAAACCAGAAACCACUUCCAAGACCAAUUGCAUCCAGGGCUCGACUGAUAUAGAUUGCCUUAACUGCUUUCCCGGCUCGCCAGAUCCGAGAUGUCCAAAAAUUCCCACAACGAAAAGGGCCGGGUGCUCCGAGGGCUCCGACGACAUAAAAUGCCAGCCGGCCACUUAUCUCCCACCGUCAACAAGGAGAGUAUCAAUUCCAACGAAGCCAGCCACACCAAUUACUUACGCUCCUCCAACCCCGAGGACUCAAAUAACCACUGCCAGGCCCGAUUGCUUCCCGGGCGCGACUGACAGCCGGUGCCCCAGAGUCACGACUCAAUCUCCAGUAUCUGCAAGGACCACGAUUUCUUCUUUUAGGCCAUCUUUUACUCCUCCAACACCAAGAAUUUCUAUAACCACUUCCAAGGCUCAAUCCUCUACAUAUCUCCCUCCAGUAUCGGCAAGAACUGUUCCUACUCUUAGGCCCACUUAUACGCCUUUAAUUCCAAGAAAACCAGAAACCACUUCCAAGACCAAUUGCAUCCAGGGCUCGACUGAUAUAGAUUGCCUUAACUGCUUUCCCGGCUCGCCAGAUCCGAGAUGUCCAAAAAUUCCCACAACGAAAAGGGCCGGGUGCUCCGAGGGCUCCGACGACAUAAAAUGCCAGCCGGCCACUUAUCUCCCACCGUCAACAAGGAGAGUAUCAAUUCCAACGAAGCCAACCACACCAAUUACUUACGCUCCUCCAACCUCGAGGACUCAAAUAACCACUGCCAGGCCCGAUUGCUUCCCGGGCGCGACUGACAGCCGGUGCCCCAGAGUCACGACUCAAUCUCCAGUAUCUGCAAGGACCACGAUUCCUUCUUUUAGGCCCACUUUUACACCUUAUACUCAAAGAACAUCUAUAACGACGACGAGGACGCUGAUCGACGCCACCACGCCAAUUUACUGUUAUCCAGGUUCCAUCGAUCCACGUUGUCCAGACUCAGGAUACAGAGGCACCAGCCGAAUUCCUGCCACAUAUCUGCCACCAUUGAGCGAUACUGGUUACGAUAGAACCAUUCGUAACGCAAAGACCUCCUUCUUCAAGGAGAUCAACCACUUGGCCUUCUCGGACAACAAUGUCUUUGAACUGGACGACGACGAGAACGAGCCAUCGCGAGUGAAACGCGAGCUGAGAUCCGAUGACCAGGAACUGGACCACAACGAGGACCUCCUCUCGCGGAAGAUUGUUAAGCGCGAGACAAACGAGCGGCCAUCAGAGCAAGAAGUGAUUUCUCUGACCCUCGGCGUGCGGAUGGGCAUCAGUGUAAAAUAG